UCAUGUGAGGGCUGAUGAUUGUGAUUGGCUGCGAGACCCCCUCCCACCAGGGGAGUCCUGGGUGGGCGGAGAGCUUUAAAGACUCGCAGCCUGCCUCUCAGUCCUUUCUCUCAGCAGCAGAGGAGGAGGUGCAGGAGGAGGAAGAGGAGGACAUCCUAAAGUCGGACUAAACGCAGACAGACUCUCUGGACCAACAUCUGAAUCAGCUCCAAAGGAGUCACCUUCAGGAAGUAUGGAUGGAUUAAUCCUGCUGAGGCGUCUGGUGCGUACUUUCCUCCUGAACCCCCUCCUAUAGAUCACCACACAGCUCGAGGAACUCCGGCAAAUUUGAUUCAAAGCUGCAGCUCAGAGUGGGCAUCCCUGGCUCGGCGUAACCAGGACCAUCUGAUGAUAAUAAUCCAAACCCCACUCAAAGUAUUCCCUGCUUCUUGCUUGUCAACUUUCAGAACCAAUCGUCCAGAGGAAAAGGGAAAUGAUGGCUUGUUCCUGUCUUCGACGGUGCUGACCUACUUAUCACUCUGGCUGACCGAGCGAAGAGAAGGCUUCGCAUUUAGCAGGCGACAUUAGAAAAAUGAGCCUUUUAAUAUUCAGGCCCAUCAAUCGGCUGACCUCCAACAAACAAAACAGCCACACAUGAGCUCAAACAGUCACGCACACACCUGGCUGCUGGGCCCCUGCAGAUGCUUUAAAUAGCGGUAUUUGUGUGUAACACAUCACAGUUCAGCAGCACAACACCCAGACGAGCUCGAACAGCUGAUGUCCAUCUGCGCUCUUUCAACCCUCUACAACAAUGACCUUGACGAACAAUAAGAUGUUUGUUUGUGUGUGUUUGUGCGAGGAGGAGACGGCCUCACGUUUUGUACGCUACGACUGAGAGCAUGGAGGUGAGCUGGUGUGGUUUUGAUAAAYAGAAAUAAAGAGUAACCGCCUCAGGCUCGGCCUCUAAAUAGGAAAGAAACUGAGCGACGCUGGCCACGCUCUAGAAUGUGUGACAGAAAAAGUAGUCCACGUUAAUUGAAAAGUGUGUGUGUGUGUGUGUGUGUGUGUGUGUGUCACGUUGUCAGAGCAGAUUUGGGUCAAACCUGCCAAGGUCACGCCGCAUUAGAAUGACUAUUUAACCACUAGAAGAAAAUGUCUGAACCAGUCAAAGCACAGACAGUUUAGACAAAUCCCUCCCAUCGCUGUUUGUGUAAAACAGGCCUCUGAUAGAAAACACAAACUCUCCAAUUGGCUUUUCCUCACCGACCAUGAACACCUUCUCCACACCUCCACCCAACACACCGACCAUCCAGUCGGUGUGUAAGCCCUGCCUCCGGGCCCCGUGGAGGAUGAACGAUGUGGCCACACUCGACUACGAGUUGCUGCUGUCCCCGGCCAGCUCCUCCCUGCCCGGCAGUCCUGGCGGUGGCAGCAGCAGCGCUCCGCUGGCCUUGGUGGCGGUGGACACAGAACAGCGUACUGCCUUGGCUUUUGUGGGCCUCCUCAUGCUCUUCUUGGUCUUCCUGCUGGUCAGAUGCUUCAGGAUCCUGCUGGACCCGUACAGCCGCAUGCCUGCAUCAUCCUGGACUGACCACAAGGAGGGGCUGGAGAGGGGUCAGUUUGAUUAUGCACUGGUGUAGGGUGUGGACUUACAUCGUGCACAGACAGACUCUUUGGUGGGACACUUUUGAAUGCACUGGAGGAGGGGCUUGAAUAAAUGAUGUAAAUACGAGGCUGCAGGACUCUCUGCAACCGAAACAAAUGGUCAACCUGAAGCUCCGCCUGCAAGCCAAUCCCUCAGCUCCUGGAGCAUGAAGGACAGAAACCAUGAGCUGCACAGCUGCCUUAACCUGUCCUAACCACAACUUCAUGGUCUGUUUUUCUAAAGCAGCAGUUCAGAUCUUUAAAAGUGGGGUUUUGUGGAACGGUUAUGAACAAGUAGUAUCUUACCUGUUUUGGAUAGCUCUUUGAAUGAGCUCAGUGUAGAGCAAUUAAUUCUGAAUAUUUAACAAGCUAAUUUCCAGUCUGAGUGAGGUUAAGACUGAAGUGGAUUGCUGUUAUAUUACAACAAUAAUCUCAAUCAUUUCAGAGGGAUUUGUGAUGGAUUAAUUUUUUUGUCUGCCAUUAUUGAUGUGAAAACUUAUCAAGCAUUCAAACUAUUGAAAUCCCUUUUUUUGUAUCUUUUUCGGCAUGAAAAAACGCUCUGCAGCUUUUGGGUUAUUUUAACAAUUUAGAAAUCAGAUCGUUCUGCUCUCCGGCUGUGACUUUUGGUUCUUCAGCUAUGAGAUAUUUGUUUCUCUUGCCUUUUUUGUAAUUGAAAAUUAAUGGAGCUGUCUUCAACAUCCUUAAAACACUUCAAAAAUGUUUAUAAAUCUUUACUGUCUUGGCUGUCGUAAUCCUGCUCGGAUUAGCCACUAGCUCAUCAUUCCGUUCAGAAACAAACUCCAAACUGAGCUCAAUCAAAGAGCUAUCUACAACAGGUAAGACAAUAAUUGUUAAUAACUUCUCCACAGAACCACACUUAAAAAGAUCUGAACUUUCCCUUUUUUUUUCUUUUUUUUUCAGCCCAGAAAAUGAUUCAUAAGAACAUGGCUCACACCCUCAAGCUGCUUCAAAGAAACAACUCUGUAACACAGGCAGAUAAAGGAACUCAGGUGGAGUUUUUAUUUAAGCAGACGCCCCUUUAAUGAAGCACGAUCUAAAGUUUUCAGUGGUUUCACAUGUUUUGUGCUGAUUCUGAUCCUCGAGCAGGUAGCUUCCAUCAGAUUUCUGUGUAUCCUUGUGACUAUAAGAAGCCAUAUAAAACACAAUAUCCUCCCUUAUUACUGCAAGUAGAAUUUCUGUUGACAGGUUGUGGUCCUUAGAGUCGAUGAAGCAAACCUUUAGACAAAAAAAGCUUUAUUUUUCUAUUCUCGACUCAAGUUUUGGAGUCUCCUUUUUUCUAUCCUUUUGUCUUGUCCUCUUAAUAUUGAAAUCUUCAAACUGUAGGUUUUUGAACUCGUCAUGCAGCCAUGUUUGAGAAGAAAUGAGUAGCUUUGCUGUUUUGUGACUUGUCUUUUUCUGAUCAUCUGCUUUGUUUUUGAUACACUGGCUUAAAACUUUCUUUCUCAGUUGCUUUCCCCUUAUUGAUCCAGUAGGAUUAAAAUUCACUGUUCAUAUUGGAAAUAAAAUGACUGCUAUUUACUAUUACUAGUGUUUUUAGGCAGCUUUUUGUGUUAAAAAAAAAAAGGCAGCGCAAGACAGAAAGAAACUGAACUGACAACAUUUUAUUGCCAUGAAUGACACUGAACAAAAGUAUACAAUUAUGUGAAUCACUUUACAGACUGCCGUUUGCUGUUUAACAUCUUUGGUUUCCAUCUUUGCAUGAAUAUUUGAUAAAAGAUUGAUCUUUUAAUUGUAGGUGCGACUGGAUGAUUGUCAUCAGCUUUGAGUUAAACUCUUAURCUUCUGGUAUGAAGCUUACAAUUAGAGAAAAAAAUACAGAAAACUCCUGCAUCUGGUUUUCAAUAAAGCUGCAAAACAAAAAAAAAA